UGAAACUUCAGAGCGACGUGCCAUGUGGAGAAAAAAAAAUCGUAAACAGGUUGUGACACUGUAAAACCAAACGUCUUUGUGACAAUUGUAGAAUAGCUUCAGUUGACCAUGAGUCUUUUACCUCGCACUGCUGAGGAGUUCAGCUCUGCGGAGUACUGGGAGAGUUUUUUUAAGAAGCGCGGAGAAAAGGCCUUUGAGUGGUACGGAGACUACAACAAACUCUGCGGCGUCCUGCACAAAUACAUCAAAGUGCAAGAUAAGGUGUUGGUGGUCGGUUGUGGUAACUCUGAACUCAGUGAACAGCUGUAUGAUGUUGGCUACAAACAUCUGACCAAUAUUGACAUCAGUGAGACAGUGGUGACUCACAUGAACCAGAGAAAUGCUAAGUGCCGGCCGGGACUGACCUUCCAGCAGGUGGAUGCUACACAAACCCCAUAUGAGGAUGCCUCAUAUCAGGCUGCUCUGGACAAAGGAACACUGGAUGCCAUGGCCUCUGAAGAGGAAGGAGCUCUGGCUAAGAACAUGCUCACUGAGGUGGGUCGUGUGCUGAGUGUUGGGGGCAGGUAUGUCUGUGUGACUUUGGCUCAAGAAAGUGUGAUUAAGUUAGCUGUGGAGCACUUUGUGCAGCUGGGGUGGGCUGUGAGGCUUCACUGCCUGCAGGAGGAAAGUGGAAAAGAGGAAGAUUCAUUUGCUCUGCCCGUCUUUGUUCUGGUCUGCACCAAGUUUCGUCAGCCGAUGCCCAAACCUAUUCUUGAGAUGUGUCUCGGGGAGGAUGGAUCCCCAACACGUCUCGUGCAGGUUUCAGAGUUGUUGUCAGCUGUGCGGGAGCAUCAGGCUUAUUCUGUAUUGAGAAAGAGGCUCCGCACAGGCACAGAUGCCAGCUCUAAUCUGUCACUUACACUCUGCCACACCAAGACUGGCCUUCCCAGAUACACUCUUACUGUGCAAGAUUCUUCCCCAAGAACCAAGGUGCCAAGAUCAAACCACUUUGCUAUAUUUAUUGUGCCUCAAGGCAGUGAAACGGCUUGGAUCUACAGUUCUGGUGAAGGGCGAAAACAGCUGGCAGCCAGUGCGAACUAUCGACGGCUGGUUAUUGUGGCGAUGCACAGGAAUCAGGAGUACACAGACAUGCAGGCUGUCCAGUCGGAACUCUCACCAAUGGUGAUGGACCUGGCUCCUCCUGGUAUGCCAGCCAACCAUCAGGUGCCAUUUCUGUCAGUGGGAGGUGAUCUGGGCUGGAGGGAGGAGGUGAGCCGAGGUGUGAGCCGGAUGAGUGGACAGUACUGUGUGGAGAACGUCAAAGGAGAAGAUGGAGAACUGUAUCGUAGACUUGUCUUUCUGUCAAAUGCUGCCCUUGUCCAGUCAGAGAGCCGUCUUGUGUCCUCAAAUACCACCACAAGCCAAAAGAAGAAGAACAAAAGGAAAUCCAAGUCAGCAGCUGCCCCAGCGAUAUCCUCAACCUCUCUGUCAGUAGACAGUGGCUUCCUCUGCUGUGCUCAUCAUGAAAUUAUGGUGGCUGGCCUUGCCUUACUUGGGAUGGGCAUGCCAGAGAGCAAAGACAUUCCAGUGUCGGUGCUCCUGGUGGGACUUGGUGGAGGAGGUUUGCCUCAGUUUCUGCGGGACUUUGUCCCUAAUGUUUCUGUUGAGGUUGUGGAACUCGAUCCUGUUGUGCUGGAAGUGGCAAAGGAAUGGUUUGGAUUCAGACCGGAUGAUCGUUUGACUGUCACUCUUGGGGAUGGCCUUGACCGCAUCUGUGCCCUGGAGAAGGAAGGAGCUGGUUUGUUUGAUGUCAUCAUGUUUGACGUAGACAAUAAAGACAGCACUGUGGGGAUGAGCUGUCCUCCUGCUGCCUUUGUGGAGGCCUCAAUCUUACAGAAAGUCAGCAGCUUGUUAACCCCCCGAGGCAUGUUCAUUCUGAAUCUGGUGUGCCGUGACUCGGUCUUGAGGAAAAGUGUGCUGCAGCGUGUAAGUGACGUGUUUCCCACUAUACUCUCUCGGAAGAUUGAAGGGGAGGUCAACGAAGUCCUGCUGUGCAUCGGUGCCGAAAAAGAAACGUCAAACUCCGCUCACAUCCUUCAGUCCCUGAACCAAGCAGCCAAGAAUCUGCAGAGCACACUCUGCUCAAACAGGACUGGGACCAGCCGCUGUCCACAUAUAGACAUUGUGGAUUUGUUAAAGGACUUGAAAGUGGAGUAGAAAUUUCAGUGGGGUGUAAUCGUGUGACUAUGACUGAAGUAAAAUAAAUUUUAUCAACAUUU